CCCCACUAAGAAAAAAUUGAAAAAAGAUCUGACACUACGCUUACACCUUGUCUGACUUCCACCAUUUUACAUCCAAUACCAAACGCGCAUUUAAUCAUCGUAUUUCGUGUUCCCGCCGUUCUUCUUUUACACCCUUAUUUUCCUUUCUAUUUGCAGAAACUUUCUAAGAAAGUCUCUGAGAAAAAUCUUGUGUUAAAAUUAAACACACCAACAAUUUACACAUAUAUAAAGGAAGAAAAAAGGCUUUGUUUUCAUUGUUUUUGUGUUAAAAAUGGCAGUGUCAAAGAGCAACAAGAAGAAGCAGCAAUGUUACAUAGCAGUGCCAUCUCAGAUAAUAAAUUCACUUUCGUCUUCAGGACUUCAGUCUCUGUUACUUUCUCCCAAGAAAAAGAAUCCAUCUUUUUCUGUAAAGCUCAAGCUUUUGCUCAAUAAUCCAAGAUUCUGGGUUUUGUUUCUUUUUGCUUUUGGUUUUGUUGGUAUGUUAAAGAUGUGGUUUAAUUUUGAAACUUUAGUUCCUUUUACACCAAACCCAUGUGAGAUUUUACAAGAAAAGAGCUCAUUCUCAAAUGACAAACAAGUUUCUCAGCUCAGUAUUGGAGCUUUAAAUGUGGGGAAAAAAGAAGAAGGGGAUGAAAAGAGUGAGUUUUGGGAACAACCUGAUGGGUUGGGUUAUAGGCCAUGUUUGGAUUUGAGUGCAGAGUAUAGGAAAACAAGUGUAGAUAUUGUAAAAGGAAGGAAAAAAUAUUUAAUGGUGGUGGUUUCCGGUGGAAUGAAUCAGCAAAGAAAUCAGAUUGUAGAUGCAGUGGUGAUUGCUAGGAUUCUUGGUGCUGCUCUUGUUGUUCCCAUUUUGCAAGUUAAUGUCAUUUGGGGUGAUGAAAGUGAGUUCUCUGAUAUAUUUGACUUGGAUCAUUUUAAGGAAGUAUUAGCAAAUGAUGUAAGAAUAGUUUCAUCACUUCCAUCUACACACGUGAUGAGUAGACCAGUAGAGGAGUCAAGGACUCCUCUCCAUGCCUCCCCUGAAUGGAUUCGUUCACAUUAUACCAGAAAGUUUAGGAGGGAUGGUGUUCUACUUCUGCGAGGCCUUGACUCGAGACUUUCUAAGGAUCUUCCCUCUGAUCUUCAAAAACUUCGCUGCAAGGUGGCAUUUCAUGCUUUGAGAUUUUCCCCAUCAAUCUUAGAACUUGGUAACAAGCUUACUGAGAGGAUGAGGAGUAAGGGACCAUAUGUUGCUCUUCAUUUGAGAAUGGAGAAGGAUGUGUGGGUGAGAACAGGUUGUCUUCCUGGUUUAAGCCAUGAGUAUGAUGAGAUGAUCAACAAUGAGCGAAAGCAAAGGCCCGAGCUCUUAACUUCACGUUCAAACAUGACUUACCAUACCAGAAAACUUGCUGGUCUCUGUCCCUUGAAUGCCUUAGAGGUCACAAGGUUGCUAAAAGCUCUAGGAGCACCAAAGAGUGCAAGAAUAUAUUGGGCAGGAGGAAUUCCUUUAGGUGGGAAAGAAGCAUUGCAACCACUGACAAGUGAAUUCACUCACUUCUAUAACAAAGAGGAUCUUGCAUUGCCCGGGGAACUCGAGCCAUUUGCAAAGAAAGCAUCCCUUAUGGCUGCUCUUGACUACAUAGUAUCCGCGAACAGCAAUGUUUUCAUGCCAUCUCAUGGUGGAAACAUGGGACAUGCUAUUCAGGGUCACAGGGCUUAUGCAGGACACAAAAAGACUAUUACUCCCAACAAAAGACAGAUGCUUCGACAUUUUCUGAAUUCAUCUCUUUCUGAAACAGAAUUCAACAGAAUUAUACUGGAAUUGCAUAGAGAUUCCUUAGGUCAGCCAGAAUUGAGGAAAGCAGGAAGGGAUGUGACAAAAUACCCUGUCCCAGAGUGCAUGUGCAAUGGUACUAUGAACCAUUCGUCGAUGUAACUACUCCUUACGAGGGAAUAACAUGUGAUAAAUCGUACAGUCUUACAACAUCCUGAGAAUUUUGGAUAAGCCUCACUAUGCUUUUUAAGAGCAGACAAGGUGGUUUGAGGUGCAGUUUUCGACUCGAUUUGGAGGUGAAUGGUUGGUGGUUAUAACUUUAUAGUAACAUGAGUCCGAUGCAGCAAAACUGGGAAGGUGAUUCUGUGAUACUGCAGCAACAUAUUAUACAAGUUCAAUUCCUAUUUCUUCUUUAUAGUGUUCUUUUGAAGCUGGGGAGCAAAGGUAAAGUUGCAUUAUUUGCUUAGGGAAAUGAACACAUUUUUAUUCAUUCAUUCUUUACACUGUAUCAAUGUAAGCCACCAUAGUCAAUGUAUAUGUAUUAAUGUAUAUAAUCAUACAAAUUUUGAGGUAUAUAUGCCAUUUUAAUUAUA